GAUAGCUCAUAUACAUGUUUAAGUAUAUAAAUAAGAGGAACAGAAAUACGUAUUUUCAAGAAGACAGAAUUCGAGCUUUCAGUCAUAGUUAUAUACUUAAGUCUUCAUCUAUACAUCCUUCAUUUCUGUUUCAUUAUAUAUUUUUGUGGAAAAUUCUAGUUUAAUUAUUUUAUAUGCCCAGAAAGCUACAAGAGAAUCUUAAUACUUUUUUCGGAAAAACACACACAUAAGUUUAAUCAAAGAAAGCAAAGUAGCCAUAGACAGGUUCCAUGGACUUCAUUACAAAAAGGUGUAUUUUGGGAGCUUUUUUGAUUAUAGCUAUUAAUGCCCAAGAAGGAGCUCAUCCUUCAUCCCAAGAAGAUAGUUCCCAUAAUCAGCAACCAUCUGCAGAAGAAAUAAAAAAACACUUAGAACAUGUUGUAGACUCUUAUGUUGAUAGGGAUAAGGAUGGUUAUGUUACUGUUGAAGAAUUAAAAGACUGGAUUAAGUUUAUCCAUGAGAGGGGGCUCCAAGAAAGUGUUGAUCAGCAAUGGAUGUACUACGAACCACAAGUUGAAGAACUACUGACCUGGGAAGGCUAUAACCCUGAGCAGAAAGAAGUGCUUACUUGGGAUAAAUAUAAAAACCUAACCUUCCCUGAAUAUCUUUUUGAAGAAACCAAAAAACCUGAAGAUUUAGCCAAUUUAAAAGAUAUGCUAAGACGUUCAGAAAGACGAUGGAAAUUAGCUGAUGUCAAUGGUGAUGGGGUGCUUACCAAAGAAGAAUUCCGAGAAUUGUUACACCCUGAAGAAUCAGCUCGAGUUGGUGAAGUUUUGGUUUUGGAGGCAAUAGAAGACAUGGAUAGUGAUAAAAAUAAUGAAGUUUCCUUAGAAGAAUAUAUGGAACACUUAAAAAAAGUUUCUGGAGGAGAGAAAGAAGAUUCUAGCUGGGCACCUGCACAGCAAAAUCACUUCACCAACUACUUGGACAAAAAUAAAGAUGGUGCAUUGAAUAAAGAUGAGGUCAAGGACUGGAUUCUCCCAUCUCAAGACAGACAUGAAGGUGAAGCUUGGCAUUUGGUAUCCAUGGUAGACUCGGACAGAGAUACUAAAAUAACUAAACAUGAUAUUACUGCUAAUCCUCAGUUUUUUGUGGGGCUUAUACCAUCAGAUUAUCACAUGCAACAUCACAGCAAUCAGCGAACAAAAGAUGAAUUCUAAUUAGGCAAAAUACAGAAAAGAGGAGUGAUAGUAAUGGCCUAAAGGAGCAGCUUUCUGAUCUGCAUUUAUGUUAAAA